AUGACAUCAUCUCAUGAACAAACGACAGUUUCGAUCAUUCGAGACGAGGAAUUGCUCUUCUCCGAUGGUUUUGCCUACAUUCCAAACUUGACGCUCACAAUUGAACAUGAAGCCCUUCAAUCGCCCGUGCCAAUGAAUGUAACAGUCGACGGAGAUGUGUUCACAUUUCCGGAUGAAUCUUUAUUCAAUGAUCGAUUCAUCACUUGGCGUGGAAUGGGACAAAAAAUGUUUUUGGAAGAGCGAUCUCUGCAAUCUUCACUUCAAUUCUCGAUUUGCCUCUUCUUUCCACAUGCACCAAUUCUACCUGGAACUACGAUUACUGUUCUGAACGAUGUUCUCUUUUUGAUUGUCCCGACUCAAAUCUCGAUUCAUCGAUUCUACAUCUAUCUUCCAAAAAGUGUGACCAUGAAAGAUCCCAUCUUGAAAUGCUUUGAGGGAAACGAUGAAAUGUGUUUCCAUCAUGAAGUUCAUUCAAUUCAAUCACAUGGCAAUCCGAUCAAAGCUUCGAUUGCGCAAAAUCUUCUCGCGACAACAGUGCUCUUGGUGACGUUUGAAGGGAUGCUCACACACAUCAAUAUGCCCACAGAUAAAACCAAAGAAGUUGAAGAAACAACGUUGAAGGGCUCGGGAAUGAUUCGACGAUUGUUGAAAAGGGCUUCGACAGGUUACAGUCGAGAUAAGGACUCUCAUCAUGCUUUGGAUAUCUCCGUUCUACAAGCCAAUGAACAGAGAGAGAGUCCUCUAUUUUUCGCCAUCUAUCGAGAUUUGUGUGUUCGUGUUUGGAAUGGAGAACACCGAAGCUUACUGAAAACGAUCGAAUUUGAUAAAAUGAUAAGUAAAAUUAAUGCGGAUGAUUUGAACAACGUGACUGUGAAGGCAACUAUCGCCCACAAUGGAGAAGUGAUGCUGAUGGUGACGAUCAAUACAAAGAACAACACUUUGUUCUUGCUGUUGAAGGAAAAUGGUACACAAUACGAGAAGAUUGCUUACUUUUCGGCGCCUCAUUUUGUUUCUAAAUGCUCACUCAUUGAUUCCGAUCUCAAACACUUGGGUGACGGAUAUUGGAAAGUAAUGGGAUUGUGGAACGAUUCAAGCAGUCGAUCAUCAUAUCGACUUCUCCACAUCACCAUCGAAGAGAUCAAUCAUGAAAGAGAACAAAGAAGAAAUGAUCUCAUUCAUCCAUGGAGAGCUGUCAUGACAGCAUCUUCUUCCUCAAUCAUUUCUCCAUCUGAGACAACUCUUGAAGAGAUUCACUCAAUUUUGUUCAAUCGGGAUCAACAUUCGCUUGAGGUUUUGACGAGAGCGAUUCAGAUUGUUUGCCGUGGUCAACACAACGACAGCACCACGUUAACAACUUGGGUCGAAUUGGAGAAAUUCGUCGAAAACUACUCGAUGACCUCGGAAUUUGAUGAGAAAUUUUGCAAUGAUGGCAGUUUGAAGAAAGAAGAUGGAUUCUUAAUGUUAUUGAGAAAAAUCUACACCAAAUGUACGGAAUUGGAGCGAUCGAUGAACUCACCAAUCAAAAUUUUCCAGAUGUCCUCGUCUAGUUGUCACUUUUGGGGAGUGCUUCGACAUGGAAGUGUGACAAUUGUUGAAGAAACGGCGAAAGUUUUAUUGAAAAAUCUCGCUUUGAAUGACUUCAAAGCAUGGUCUCGAUCAAUGGAUGAUUUAGUGAAAUAUACAGAAAUGGCAUUGGCUUGUUCUUCGCAAGAGGAAGAUAUCGAUGACGAAUACCUUUCUCCUCCAUUUCCUCGGCUCACUUCUCUGGAAAUUGAGCGACUAUUGAGCGGGGCACAAACUAUUCUACAACAUAUCCAAAAAAUGACUGCAAAAAUGUUCGACGUGCCCAGGCUACCGCUCACAAUCUCUCACUUCUCUGCU